AUGUGUAGCACAUGGGAAAGUUUCCACUUCAAGACGUUCGAUGGGGACAUUUAUCAGUACCCAGGCUUGUGCGAGUAUAACCUGGUGUCUGACUGCACAUCAAAACAGUUCUCGGUUGAUGUGAAAAGAACCCAAACCCGCAGUGGUCCAAAGAUCAGCAGGAUCGUGGUUAGCAUCAAUGGCAAAAUGUUUUCAAUCAGCGAAAACAAUGUCAUGAUCGAUGACAAAAUUACAAAGCUGCCAGUGUAUGAAUCAGGGAUCCUUAUAGAAGAGAACACAAUCUACACCAAUUUCCGAUCCAAAACAGGCCUGACGGUCAUGUGGAGCAAAGAUGGGGCAGUCACGGUUGAGCUGGACAAUAGAUAUCAAAAUAAAACCUGUGGAUUGUGCGGCAAUUUCAACGGGAUUGGUGAUGAGUUCGAUAUAGCAGAAAACAGCAGAAAAAUGGGCUUCAUAGAGUUUGGAAAUAAACACAAAAUUAACUUAAUGGAAUCUUGUGAAAAUCCUUCGGAGAUUGAGGAAAAGAAAAACUGGACAGCUAAAUGUGAAGAUUAUCAAGCAGAAUGUGAAGAGCUUUUCAGGGCUGAAGUCUGGUCCUCUUGUGCCGUGAGCUACUAUCCAUAUGUAGACGCCUGCGUUUAUGAUAGAUGCUUCAGCAAGAAAUCUUCCGUCUGUGCGACUCUGUCUGAAUAUUCACGCCAGUGUUCACAUAAUGGAGGAACUCCAUCAACCUGGAGAACAAAAGACUUUUGUGCUGUGAAGUGCCCCUACAAUAUGAGCCAUUCUGAGAGCGGCUCCCCCUGCAUAGACACGUGCUCACAUGAAAACACAAACAAACAGUGUGAGGAGCACAAUAUCGAUGGCUGCUUCUGCCCACCAGAAACUGUGUUUGAUGACAUCUUGAAUGCGGGCUGCAUUCCACGAGAGCAAUGUCAUUGCAAGCACGACCGCAUCUACAAACCACAAGAUAUUCUACAAGACGAAGAGCAAGAUUGUGUGUGUCAGAAUGGAAAAUGGAACUGUAAAAUAAAACCCGUUCUUGGCCGGUGCGCAGUAGAGGAAGGAUCUCACUUCACCACCUUCGAUGGACAGGAAUUCACUUUCCAUGGGGACUGUAACUAUGUGCUCUCAAAAGACUCCGAGGGGUCAAAGUUUAUUAUAUUGGGACAGAUUUCUCCUUGUGCUGCCCUUAACAUUGACACUUGCUUAAAAUCAAUUGAAGUGAUAUUUAACAAUGACACGGUUAAUCGUCUGGUGAUUUCUGAAGAUGGGACAGUAAAACACAAUGGACUAGUUCUACUUCCAUAUACCCCAGCUUCACAUCCAUUCAUCGUUUUCAAUCCAUCAUCAUUUCACGUCCUGAUUAAUGUAAACUUUGGGCUGCGAGUGUUGGUACAGCUGGUGCCCCUCAUGCAGGUGUACAUCACUGUGGAUCAGAGCUUCAAGACCAAGACACGCGGUCUCUGUGGAGAUUUUAACAGAGUGCUGGUUGAUGAUAUGAGAACCCCUCAGGGAUUGGUGGAGGGCACAGCGGUUUCCUUCGCAAACGCUUGGAAGGUUGAGACCAACUGCCCUGACCGUUCUGAUAGAGAAGACAACCCCUGCUCUUUCAACAGUGCCAGUGAGAACUAUGCUGAGCACUGGUGCUCCAAGAUAAUGAACAAGAAUGGCAUUUUUGGCAAAUGUCACAACAAAGUCAACCCAGAAAGCUACUACAAAAGAUGCAAAUACGUCGGCUGUAUCUGUGCGAGGAGUGAGGACUGCUUGUGUGCUGUGUUUUCCUCAUAUGUCCGUGCCUGUAUGAUUAAAAACGUAACACUCGAAGGAUGGAGAGAAAAUGUGUGCGAAAAGUACAAACUUGGCUGCCCAGCCUCACAGAGAUACUUCUAUUACCUGAAGAGCUGCCAGCCUACCUGUCUUUCUCUCGCCUCCAAGCAAACAAGCUGCAAAGCAGACUUUGUUCCUGUUGAUGGAUGCGCGUGUCCAGAAGGACUCUACAAGGAUCAGGAUGGAGAGUGUGUAUCAAUUGAAAAAUGUCCUUGUUACGACAAUGGAAAGAUAGUCCAACCUGGCACAUCUAUCGACAUUAAUGGUCAACACUGGUGA